AUGAAGGACGCCAUCAAUCAGAGCAAGUUUUACUCACCAACUACCUUGUCUUUAGUAAGUGGAUCAACUGACAGCGCCUUCUUCCUGCGUUCCACGUCCCAGCCACUGGAGUGUCAUCUGCAGCAACCUACGAAAUGGCAACCUGAAGCUCACCUACCUCGCCUGCCCUAUCCAGUGAGGACAGGGGAAUAUACGGUUGGUCGACUACUUCAAGUUUAUAUAAUUGUCGCCAUUGUUCUAGAGAUUUAGACUGACCUGUAGAGAUCCCCAUGAAGUCUUCCUGGCCAAAGUGGAAGAGGCACUGUCUAAGCAUAACAAGAAGAUGCGCGCUUACAAAGAGAGAAUCCACAAAGUUAACCCACUUGCUAACCAAAAUCCCUGA